ACCAAACACACCCUUCCUUGUCUUUGACGAACUAUCUUCACUUUUGUUUUGGUCUUUUGGACGUGUUAAUUUUGUUUUUGUUUUCUUUUUUCCUUUUAAUACACCCUCCGUGUCUUGAAGAGAGACACAAAACAAGAUGUUUGUCACUCAUCUUCCAAAGAUUUUCUUCUACCCAAAACCCAAGAUUAUCAUCACUUCAGCACUCUUACCCAAAUCCAAAACGACCCCACUUUCCCAUUUUUCAUCCGUCACUUCAGCCGCCAACACACUCCUUCAACAAACACCAGAUUUACAAAUCAAGAAUUUGGAAAUUGAACGUGUUCAAGAAAAACCCCACUUUGAAAUUUCAGUUGAAAAGUUAUUCUUCCCACCUGAUACUGAUGUUUCUUCUGGUUCAAGGCCUUUGAGUAGUAGGAUUUUGAAAGGGUCAAAUAUUGUGCUUAGUAAGUAUGCUGGUGAUGCUCAAGUAGAGCAAGCUGAGUUUGUGAAAAGUAGUGUGGAGACUGAGGAGUGUCCUUCUGAUGGGUUGCCUGAGUUUGCUCUUGUUGGGAGGUCCAAUGUGGGAAAAUCUUCUUUGCUCAAUUCACUUGUCAGAAGGAAAAAGCUUGCUCUUACUUCCAAGAAACCAGGAAAGACACAAUGCAUCAACCAUUUCCGGAUAAACAAUAGCUGGCAUCUUGUGGAUUUACCUGGCUACGGAUAUGCAGCUGCACCACAUGAAGUACGAACAGAUUGGGCCAAGUUCACCAAAGAUUAUUUCCUAAACCGACCAAACCUUGUUUCAGUCUUCCUCCUCAUAGAUGCUAGCAUUCCUGCAAAAAGGAUUGAUCUUGAAUAUGCAAGUUGGCUGGGAGAGAAUAAGAUCCCAAUGACAAUAGUUUUUACCAAGUGUGAUAAACGGAAAAAGAAGAAAAAUGGAGGAAAAAGGCCCGAAGAGAACUUGCAGGAUUUUCUGGAGUUGAUAAAGAAGUUCUUCCAAACUGCACCACCUUGGAUUAUGACCAGUAGUGUCACCAACCAAGGCCGAGACGAGAUACUGUUGCACAUGUCCCAGCUGCGAAACUAUUGGCUCAAGCAUUGAGUUGCCAUCAUAUGCUUUAUUGGUGGUGUGACAAUUUUGUCCAACAUCUUAAACUAACCUGUGUUGGCAAGUGUUUAUGGAAGAAUCCAAUGCGAUGGUUAAGCACAAGUAUGUGCAGGGUGCAAAUUGGCAUCGUGAAGAAUGGGGUGCCUUGGAAGCCUGAGUUAUUGGAACAAAUGGAACCAUAGAGCCUUGUGGUUGCUGCCUUAAGCAAUUCUUGUUAUUGGUUAUGCUUUCAGAAAACUUAUUAUACCCGAUCUGGAAUCUGUCACUAAUUGAAUAGGCUGCAGUCUCCCGUAUAUACACAUAGCUCUCUUUCUAUUUGAUCUAUGUAACGUUUGUUUCGCCGAAGAAAUGGAUUUGAUAUUGGUGGCAUUGUCAUUUA